ACUUUAAAACCAAGAACCAAAACUACACUUUCGGGUUCUCUUGUAUUUGGGUUACAAUUAGAAAGUGUGCAAAAAGCACGUGAAUCGAAAAGAAGAGGAAAUUUAAUCAAAUCAGCUAAUAAUUGUAUUUUGUCAACACUUAAAAAACACGCUAAAAAAAUUGCAACAAAAACGCAAUCCAGUUUUAGUAGUGAUAUUAAAGGAAUUUAUCACCAAUCUGAUGAA